GGGUUAAAUUGUAUAAAUAGGGAUUAACCCUUUUUCUUUGGCCUUCAUUCUUCGUUUUCGUUGCGACCUCUCCAGGUUAGAUAUCGGAUCCAUCAUUGACACAGGCUUAAGCUAUCUCUCAGUAUGUCUGGAGAAGAAGAAGAGAAUGCUGCAGAGCUGAAAAUAGGCGAUGAGUUUUUGAAGGCCAAGUGUCUAAUGAACUGUGAAGUCUCCUUGAUUCUUGAACACAAAUAUGAACAGCUUCAACAGAUGUCUGAAGAUCCAUUGAAUCAAGUUUCUCAAGUGUUUGAGAAGUCACUGCAAUAUGUGAAGCGAUUCAGUCGUUACAAGAAUCCUGAUGCUGUUAGACAAGUUCGAGAAUUGCUAAGUAGACAACAGUUAGCAGAAUUUGAGCUUUGUGUUCUUGGAAAUCUUUGCCCUGAAACUGUGGAGGAAGCCAUUGCUAUGGUCCCAUCUAUCAAGUCGAGGGGACGUGGACAUGAUGAUGAGGCUAUUGAGAAGAUGUUGAAUGAUAUGUCUUUAAUUAAAAAGUUUGAGUAGUUUAUGACUAUAUAUGUAUUUUUCUGCUUCUGAUGAUGAUGAUGGUUAUCAUGAUCAUGAUGAUGGAUGUUGUGUUUCUAGUAAACCUUGUAUUGGGUGUAAUGUUGACCUAAAUAUUGGCCAGUAAUUGUAAUGCAAUAUUAGGUUGUUUGGUUUA